CAACACCGUAGGACGCGCCGCUUGCAGCUGUCACAUUUGCUUUCAUCAUAAAUUUCAUUGGAGAAAAACAAAAAUUUAACUGGGUUAUAAUGCACUGUAAAAAUAUAUAGAAAUGGACCAACAAUUUUCAUUGUCUUGGAACAAUUUUCACGGAAACUUGAGCAAAGGUUUCGCCGGUUUGCUUGGGAAAGGCGAAUUUGUUGAUGUUACGCUAGCUGUCGAAGGGCAUUUACUACAAGCGCACAAAGUUAUUCUAUCAAUAUGUUCUCCGUACUUCAAGAAAAUGUUUCAAAUGAAUCCUUGUCAACAUCCUAUAGUUGUGUUGAGAGAUGUGACUCUCAAAGCUAUGAAGGAUCUCUUACAGUUUAUGUAUCAUGGAGAAGUCAGUGUUAAAAGAGAAGAUCUCACUAGUUUUAUAGGAACUGCUGAAGUUUUACAAAUCAAAGGAUUAACUCACAAAGAGACUGAAGAUGAAGAGGAAAAAAUGAAAGAUUUAUCGAAGCACAGUAUAGUGCACCAGAACAAUAGCCCUGAACCUGAGUCAUGUAUGUCUGACAACUAUGAUAACAGUCCUAAUGAAUUACCAGAAAGUAAUGAACAGGAUUUAGUGAAACAGAGACAAUUUAUAGAGAAACUUCAAAGGUUUAGUCAUUUAAAGAGAAAGUCAGAAGAAUUUCUGCAAAGUGCAUACUAUUCUGAUAUUUUAAAUACUGAAAAACGUGCCAAAAUCAAUGAGAAGAUGGCCUACAAUAAAGUUAAUAGUUUACUACACAACAGUUACGAGAACUUUAAAAAUGUUUAUGACGAAUCCCCAAUAGAUAUAACUCCUACAUUGAAUACAUCGCACAAAGACGUAGAUAAAGAUGACAAUAAAGAACAAUCUACAAAUCAGAUAGAAUUAAAAACGGAAUGUGAUGAUAUAGACAUUGUUGUGACAGAUCCUGCCGUUUGUACAACACCCAAAAGUUAUGAUGGUUCCAGAGAUAGCAAAAAUAAUUCAACAAUCGCUUUGGAAUAUCAAUCACCACAAGACAGUGCUCUAUCAUUAGUCAUUAACGGCUCUAGCGAGAAUCAACAAUUGCCGGUACGUUACAAAUACAUUUACAGCAGGAAGGGACAUAAACAAUUAGUGCAUAUGAACUUUGUGUACACAAAACAUUCGACAACACAUGGAAAAACAUCAUGGAGAUGUGUGCAGUAUUUUUCUUUGAAUCGUUGCCCGGCAACGGUUGAAACCAUAGACUCAAUGAUUUAUGCGGUCAACCAUCAACACAACCAUGAAGAUUGCUAUGACAAACUAACAAGAAAUAAUAUUUAUGAAAUGAACGCUCCAAAGUGAAACUUAUGUUUGUGAUCUUACAGAUGAGAUUAGUAACAAUUUUCGAAUAUCUACUUUAGAAGCAUAGCUUAUAUUUUACAUUUGUAAACCAUACAUUAUAAAUCGUGCAAGCAAAAUUACAUCAUACUCAAAUAGGGUGAGGUUAAGAAGCUUCAUACAAAAUAAUGUAAAAAGAUCAUAAAGCAUAAUUGUUAUGAAUAAAGACAAAAUUAUUCUCAUCUGUUAGGGCCUGUCCCACCGCUGGCUGAUAGGCUCAGAUAGCAUUAAAAUGACGUCACUCAGAUAAGGUAAGAAAAUCCGAUAUUUCCGUCACAUAUAUUACACAGAUUGUUAUCAGACAAUUUAUAAUUUGGUGGGACAGGUCCUAAGUCUUAUAUUUUUUGAUUCUGGGUUCUUUAAAAUUGUUGCUAAUUUCAAUCGAAGUAUUAGUUUUAAAAAUAUAUUUGUAAAUUGUAAAGUUCCUAUGUACUAUUAUUUAUAAUUACGCAAUAAGUAACGCUAGAGGUACAUAAUAUAUGUAAUCAAAAUAUUGCAAUAAAUUUAGUUACAUAAAGGGCAUAUAUCACAUUUAACUUUAGUAUUUAUAUAAGAUUCAUACCACAUUUACAUAGUUUCUGCGGUCUUCAACUGCUUGUUUUAUUUAUUUUUAUAUGAAAUGUAUUUAAAGUAUUACACCAUUACUUGUAAAAUAUAGUAUUUAUAAAUAAAUUAUUUAACUUAACAAUAUAAUUUACUAUGCGUUUCAAAUGGAAAUCUGCCUAAUGUUGACAAAGAUCUGUCCAAAAUUGGUAAAGCAAUAAGAUUUCAAUAGAGAACUCAACUGACAAAUUUUUUUUCUAAUCGCCAGUCUUUUUUACUUUACAAAAAGCCAUUAUUUUGGAUGGUACCUUCUGUAUCUAGUCAUGAAUGGUAUUUCUUUAUCUUAACAAUUAAGUUGUAUUAAAUAAGACCCCAAUAUUAUAUAAAAUCAAUUUAUUUACCAUAGAAUGUUUUAGUGAUUAAAUAAAACUCAAUUUUU